AUGUCUGAUACACAUGAUGUAUCUGGUGCUCAACGAAAAAAUGACUUCUUUGCAAUCACAAACAGGAAGUGCAUGCCUCACAUCGGAGCGGAAGAAGAAGGAAGUGGAGGUUUGUCCUGUUAUGAGAAAGAUUGUAUCGUGAGGUGGCACAAUGAACGGCGAUCAGGAGUGGCCUUAGGUUUGGUCAAAACUCAACCACCAGCACAAAAUAUGAUGGAGAUUUGCUGGGACGACGAACUUGAACGGCAAGCUCAGAGGUGGGCAGACAACUGUUUGUAUGAACACGACAAAAGGAGGACACAUUGUAUGUUUAAUUUUUUUCUAUAACUCAUAUUUUUGUUAGUAAUACUUUUCAUGUUUAAUUUAUUAUAUCAUUCGGACAGUUAUAUGAUAUGAAACUUAG